AUGGAUUUCACACGUGAAGCAUUGUUGGCUGAGUUGGAGCUGAAAGAUGAUAUAAUUGAUCAGUUGAGAAAGGAGUUGGCUGAGUAUCGAAUGCAAAACUCAACGAGAAAAACGGCAAUCUCAUCAGAACCCGAUGUUCAAGUCAAACGACCGAUUAUUGGGAAGAGUGAUGAAGCCUUCGAAACCAUCGGAAAUGCUCUCCGCCUCAACACGUUCCUUCGUAAUCUGGAUGCGACUCAAAUCGAAAAAAUCUCGUCGGCAAUGUAUCCAGUCGAGGUUCAAGCCGGUGCAAUUAUCAUUCGACAGGGAGAUUUGGGGUCAAUUAUGUAUGUCAUUCAAGAAGGAAAAGUGCAAGUUGUGAAGGAUAACCGAUUCGUCCGUACAAUGGAAGAGGGAGCUCUCUUCGGUGAACUCGCCAUUCUUCAUCACUGUGAGAGGACUGCAACUGUUAGAGCCAUCGAAUCGUGUCAUUUAUGGGCAAUCGAACGCAACGUAUUUCACGCGAUAAUGAUGGAAUCAGCACGUGAGAAAACAAUGACAAUGAAGAGAUACCUCAAGUGGUCAAAUCGUUUCUGUGGUUAUCCGGAAGAAGUUUUAUUGAGAAUCGCCGAAUUUUGUACCGAAAUGAGAUAUGAGGCGAGGGAGGAGUUGGUGGUGAAGCCGCAGUAUGUCUACUUGGUUUGCAGAGGAUCGAAAGUUUCUGCAAUAUUCUGA